AUGGUUCUCAGAAGUUCAAAUUCGCCAUUGACCUCCGAGUUCGAUGCCUUGGUACAGCAGCAGAUGGACAAAUGGAAAGUCCCCGGACUCUCCAUGGCUGUCGUUCAUGGCUCCAGCACCUGGUCAAAAGCGUAUGGAUUCGCCGAGUUUCCUGAUCGCAAGAUGACCACCGAUUCUCUCUUCUCUACUUGUAGCACCACUAAGGCAUUCACCGCAGCGGCCAUGUCUCUCGCCAUCGACGAUAGAAAGGAUACCAAAUUCCCCCUUCGCUGGGAUACCCCAAUUUCGUCCAUACUGAGAGAUGAUUUUGUGCUGGAGAACGACUACAACACAAUGCAUACUACCAUAGAAGAUGCCUUAUCGCACCGCUCAGGGCUUUCGACUCACGACGCCUGUUUAAAUUUAGUGCAUCCCCAGAGAUCCCUGCGCGAAGCUGUUCGCAACUUGCGACAUCUUCCUAUAGCCUAUGCGCCCCGCACUACCUUUUCCUACAACAAUAACAUGUAUAUGGUGGUAUCCCAUGCAUUGGAACAAAUUGAAGGCCGAACUCUCGGCGAGACUCUCAAGAAACGUAUUUGGGAUCCAUUAGGAAUGAACGACACAUACUUCUCCGUCACAGAUGUCUCGAAGGACCCAUCUCUUCGUCCUCGACUCGUACGAGGCUACACCUGGGACCCAGACACCAACACCUACAUCGCAGAACCAUACAUGAACGACGUCGCUGUGACUGGAGCCGGCGCCAUGGUGAGCAGCGUACUCGAAUACACCAAGUGGCUGCGCGCGAUGAUUUACCAAGAGGGUCCCAUCUCCUCACAGGGCCACGCAGAACUCCUGAAGCCACGUACGGUGAUCACAAAUUGGGAUGAGAUCGUCGCACCUCCUGCGGUCCCAUGCCAUCUCUAUGCCUUGGGAUGGUUUGUGGGUAGUUACCGCGGUGAGCCGUUCUACUGGCACAGCGGGAGCUGGCCCGGAUUCGGCAUCAUGGUGGGCUUCCUACCGAGCAAGGGCUUUGGCUUUGCUAUGAUGGGUAAUACGACGAAUGCCCGAAAUGCGCAGGUGGAGAUCUACAUGCACCUUCUAGAUCAGAUUUCCGGAGGAUCGCGGAUCCCACACCCAGUGGCAGUGGGCCAGGCGACAGAACUGGGAAAUAGGACGCUCAAAGCCAAGUCCGAGUGUGUGGACGAAGCCAUCAAACGGCUUUACCCGUCUCUGCCUGAUCCUGUCAUUCCCCAUUCUUUACGGUUGAACCAAUAUACGGGGACAUACGAGCAUCCUGCGUGCAGUUCUAUCACUCUAUCCGUGCGAAAUGGGUGUUUGGUUGCAGAUCUACUUGACCGUGCUAUUCCUUCCCUUAUCACUCUCGUCCAUGCAAGCGGGGAGUUCUUUGUGGCGCAUCACUACCAGCCUAGGACAAUUGGAUCUCUCUCCGGUUACUACGCUACGGAAUUCAUAGUGGGUUCUAAUGGAAUUGCUACGGCGAUGGGCCUGGAUGUGGAGCCAGCCUUGAAUGGAGAGAAGAUGUGGUUUGAUCGCGAGUACUGA